GCACGAUUUGAAAAUGUGCGGCUGAUGUAGUGCAUUUUGCCCAUCAGGUUUAGAUGAGUGAGAUUCGAAGAAGGAAGCCGGGGACACUUCAAGAUGCCAACACAGUGAAUCACUCAUCUGUGGGACCUUCGGAAUAUGAAUUUCGUCAGGGUGUCGAUCUUGAUAAACUGAUUGAUCGUCCAUAUAAUCUUUUGUUCUCUCUGGGUUCGCUAAUUGUUGUACUGGUGAUAUAUGUUCUACUCUCUGACUUCGGGAAUGACUGUUGGUCAUGUUCUGGUACCAGCUGCAACUCCAGCUUCGAUGUGAUAGCUGCAAGGUCUCACCUUGUAAAAGUAACAAGUUUUGGUCCUCGUACAGCUGGAUCUCAGGCUAAUGAAUAUGCUGCAGCUGAUUACUUACGGAAUGAAUUGAAGUCAAUCGCAGCUGUUGGUGAUGACAGUGGUCUGAAAAUUUCUUUUGAUGAACACAUAUCCAACUACUCAAGUUUCCGGGCAUUUUUCCAUGUAUCAUCUUAUAGUAAUUUGCGAAACUUCGCUCUUCGUUUCCACGAUUCCCGUGUUCAUCGAGGAAAUGAAAAUAAAUCGGCCUUUCUUAUUAACUGUCAUUAUGAUACGGCUCCUGGAAGUCCAGGUGCUAGCGAUGCAUUUGUCAACUGUGCUGUUAUGCUGGAGAUUUGUCGCAUACUAUCCACAGGUUCAUAUACUCUGUUUAACGACUUAGUAUUUCUUUUUAACGGGGCUGAAGAGAGCCUACUACUGAGUAGUCACGCCUUCAUAACACAACACAAAUGGGCAGAGGACAUUGUAGCUUUUAUGAAUCUGGAGGGUGCAGGUGCUGGAAGGAGGCUUUUUCUAUUUCAAACUGGCCCAGGGUCGUCGUCAGAAGUGUUACUUGAUGCUUAUGUGAAAUCCUUUACUCAGCCAUUUGCCAGUGUUUUUGGUGAAGAUGUGUUUCAGUUUGGAUUAAUACCGUCAGAUACCGAUUAUCGAAUAUUUCGUGACUAUGGACUGAUUCCAGGCGUAGAUCUUGCUUAUGUUAACGACGGGUACGUUUACCAUACACCUUAUGACACAGAAUCUCGCAUUUCGGAUGAGUGUCUCGCGCAAUCAGGAGGUAACAUUUUAAAAUUUCUUCUCUCUAUUGGCAAUGAUCAGCGAAUUCAGAAUAUUACUAAACUUACUGCUAUAAAUUUAACGUCAGAAACUUUACGAAGUAUUUCAUCUUCAGCUUCUCAAUCUGAUAUGAAAAGUGUGCCUCCACUUGUAAUGACUUCAGCUUCUAAGCGAAUGGUUUACUUCGAUCUGUUUGGUUUCAUCGUAAUAGUUGCUCCAUGGUGGAUAUGGAAAAUUUUCAAUUAUAUAAUGUGUGUUUGUUUCUGUUUUCUAAUGUUUCGUACCAGGGGUUUUUCUGUUGUUAGUUGGUAUGGAUUUUGUGUAGCUUUGGUGUUGGAACUACUUACUCUGUUUCUUGGAUUCGGCUUCUCAGCUGCACUGGGACUCCUUUAUCACCAUUAUGGUUGCAGAAUGGUAUGGUAUUCAAAUCACUACAAUAUUCUGGAUACUCAACUGAAGCAUCACAAACGAUGUCUCGUGGGUAUACUGCAGAACCAUCUGAAUCUGAUUCCGAUUGGGAGGUUCAUGAUCCUUUUAAGAAUUUCAGAUUUACGUAUUAUUUAAAAGAGGAGGUUGUUCAGUCAAUUAGAAAAAAGCAAGAUGAAGAUGGUACAAAUAAACAAGGUCCUUUCACUAAUCGAGCGUAUACAUUUAUCACAGUGCCUCAAUACUUAGAAUCGUUUAUGCUCUAUGGAUUAUUGCAAUGUUUGGACCAUUUAUUGAUCGUGUACACAUUUCUUCCACUGCGUUGUUUUCUAACCGUUAUACAUUUAUUCAUGAGGAUAUCCAGUCGAUUUUUUCAAUUUUUUACAAAUUUUGAACAAGAACAUGAUCCAGUUUGUCCAAAAUCUUCACGAGUAAACCUGUUGUACAAUUAUGAACUGCGUGAUCUGGUCAAAUUUUCUUUAUUAUGCAUAUGUACUGUUAUUUUGACAAAAUAUGACAGUUCUGUAGCCUAUCAUGAGAUUCGGACGCAGUCAGUUAUCAAAAUUUAUAUCUUUUUCAACUUAUUGGAGGUUGCUGAUCGAUUAUUGUCUGCUGUCUGUCAAGAUGCACUGGAUGAUCUGCUGUAUACAGUCAGUAAACCACGAUCCGAUAUGGUGUCAUCGAAUGAUUCAACGGAAAGCGGUUUUGUAUACUUUCGAGAUGUUGUUCUGCAAUAUUGUUUUGCUUUUUUAUGUUUAAUCGGUCAUUGCUUUUGUCUUCUAUGUCAAGUGACUACGCUGAAUGUAGCGUUUAAUUCACAAAAUAAGUCAUUGGUUACUGUGUUCAUUUCAAAUAAUUUUGUAGAGUUGAAGGGUAAUGUGUUUCGUAAAAUGGGGAAGACUAAUCUAUUUCAAAUUGCCUGUGCUGAUGUUCGUGAACGAUUUCACUAUUGUAUUUGGCUAUUUAUUAUUGUCGGUCGUAAUAUGAAUGAAAAUGGAUGGAAUUUAGAUGAUCUUCAAAAAAUCCUCAUUGAUGUGGCAUGUAUUCUUCUGGCAGAAGUUGCUGUCGAUUGGGUAAAGCAUUCUUUCAUUACAAAGUUCAAUGUGAUACCUUCAAAUGUCUAUGAGGAAUACACUGUGAGCAUUGCGUACGAUUUAUUGUUAUGUCGUCAAGGAAAGAAUACAUCUGAUCACUUUGACCUUCUUUCACGUCGUAUGGGUUUAACUCCGAUACCUCUCAGUUGUUUGAUCAAUGCUAUGUUAUAUCAAACAAUACGAAAUCCUAGUACUCUUUGUUUAAGUCUACCGUUUGUCAUCUCUGUAUUAUUUGCAGUCAAAGUUGUAACAAAUCUUACAUUAAUGUCUAUGGCUUACUCUCAUGUACGUGAGUACAUCAAUACUGCCAGUGCUAGUCAGACAGAAGAAAAUUAUUCUUCAUCUAAUGAUAACAAAACAGCAAAACCUGUAGGUGGUGAUAUCCAUACAACAACAAGUUCCGUGAAGAACACUAGACAAGACCAACAAACUCAUGAAACAGAAGCGAAAGAACGUAAAUUGUCUUUAAGAAAGCCGCCUUUUAAUUAUAAUGGUUACGAUCAACCAACUAGAGAUGAGGAAUACUUUCUACCGAUGGGUCUACGACACAGACGAAUUCGAAGUGAUUCUGGUCCAGUGGAUGUUAUGGCCAAUGUUGAUGCAGUUCAUUCGUAUACUUCAGAAAAUUCAUCAGAAUAUGUUGGAAGUAAAGUUGUAAUGUCAAGUCCAAUAUCUACUGGUCUUAUUGCUAAUGAAUUGGUUGAACCAUACUAUUCAAUUAUGGCAUCGUCAAAUGGUACUCCAAAAAGUUUAUACGAUUUUAAUGAGUUAGCUCCCUUGACACCUAUAAUGCCUAUGGACUCAGUACAUCGAUUAUUAACUCCUGGAAAUAUGAAGUCAGAAGUGGAAUGUGAUCGUAAUUCUUAUGAAUCAGCUUUAUUCCAAACAGAAGAUAAAUCUCUUUUUGCUGCGUAUAUAAAUCCACCAACCACUACACCGCCACAUCUUGACAGACAUCGAAUGCAUAGUAGAUAUGAUCUAUCUAAUGUCGUGUGUUGUACUGAGACACAUGGUGACAAAGAUGAUGCCUUCACAACAAUCCUAAAACCUCAAAGUGUAUCUUCUCUAAUAAGACCAAGAUACUACAGUAUUGAUCUAGGUAUCCUGAAUAAUUUCAUGAAAUUUAUGGAAAGCAGUACACGGGUCACCACGAAUGAAAUACCAAGUAACAAAGAUAAUCCUCAACAAGAUGAAUCAAGAGUUGCAUAUCUACCAGAUCCUACACGUAAACGUCGGGUGCGUACAAUGACUGAAGGUUCAGCCAGUGCAACCUCACCUCCAGUAGAUCCUACUAUACCAAUCCUUUGGGAAAGAAGCAGUCGAAAUAGUACUGUCAAUCAAUUUGGUUUGGAUCAGCUGAAACCGACAACUUCUGGACGCGUAAAACAACCAUUAUCUGAUAUUGAUCGCUAUUCCAUGGUAGAGGGACAAAUCAGCUAAUUUACGCUGUAAAAUAUGAUGUGUUUUUUUGUAUUUAUGUACAGUUUAUAAAUUGGGAAAAGCUUAAUCAAUCAUUCUCUUUAUUUUUUCUGGGGAUGUCCGGCUGCCUUUCAUCCGCUAUUAGUGUGAAAGAUUAUAAUUGACAAGAAGAGUCUCUUUUCGGAGGUAAAUUCAUUUUCAUUGUUGUACAAUCGCAAAUAUACAUGAUUAUUUUGUGUGCAUGUGUGUGUAUAUAUACAUUAAAUUUGUCAAACGAAAAUACAAUUAGUAAGUUCAGAUGAA